AAUUUCUACUUCCUGGGGCAUAUUGCACCACUGGUCAUCUUCUGCCUGCUGCCUUACCUCACUCCGAGUACUACACCCGAGAAAAAACCCAGUGCAGUAGAGUUUGCCUACGAGAUAAACCUUGAUUCGGCUGGAGGUGUGUCAACAUCCUCCCAGCCCUCCAAGGCGAAGAAGGCCUCCGAAUAG